AUGCAAGAUUGUCAUAAGUCUUAAAAAAUAGCUUUAUGUAUGGUUGGAUUACCAGCUAGAGGAAAAACAUAUAUAUCUAGGAAACUUCAUAGAUAUUUGAAUUGGUUAGGUUACAAUUGUAAGGUGUUCAAUAUUGGAAAUUAUAGAAGGGAAAUUUGUGGAACUGAAUGUGAUAAGAGCUUCUUUGAUUCAAAAAAUGAAUAAGUAUAUUGAUCAUUAAUUAGGCAACUAAAGCAAGAAAUGAAUGUGCUUAGAUGGCAUUGAAUGAUUUGAUUAAUUAUUUAAAUAGUGAUGGAGAAAUUGCUAUUUUUGAUGGGACAAAUACAACAAAAGAGAGGAGAAAUAUGGUUUAAUGUUCUUUAUUAUAAUAAUGUCAAAAUGUAUAAACUCUUUGGAUUGAAUCAAUUUGUGAUGACGCAGAUGUGAUUCAAAAUAAUAUCAGAUUAACAAAACUUAAUAAUCCUGAUUAUGUUUCAAUGAAUCCUGAAGAUGCUACAAAAGAUUUUUUAGGAAGAAUAAAAAUGUAUGAGGAAGUGUAUUAAAAGAUAGAUCUAGAUGAGAAUUUAUCAUUUAUCAAAUUAAUUAAUAUUGGUGAAGAUGUAUCAUAUUGAUUUAUAUUAAGAUUUAAAUUCAUAAAGUGAAAGGAUAUUUAUUAUCAAAAAUAAUAUCAUACUUGAUGAAUCUACAUAUCUAUCCAAGACCAAUAUAUUUAACAAGACAUGGAGGGAGCACAUUUAAUUAAGAAAAUAGAGUAGGUGGAGAUUGUGAUUUAUCUUAAUAAGGAAUCUAAUAUUCAGAAUAAUUAGGGAAAUUUUUGCUUGAUGAAUUUCCCACAUAAGAAUAGAGAAAUCAAAUUCAUUGUUUAACUUCUACAAUGAAAAGAGCAACUCAUACAGCUGAAAUUGUAUGUAAUAUUCUUAAGAUAAACUAUUUGUAAUUAAAGACUUUAGAUGAAAUAAAUGUAGGCAUUUGUGAUGGUUUAACUUAUACUUAAAUUGCAAUAUAAUUUCCUGAAGAUUUUGCUGUAUCUUUUGUAAUAUUAACACCAAAUAGGAAAGAAAGGUGAACAAAUUAACAUAUAGAUAUCCAAGAGGAGAAUCCUAUUUAGAUUUGAUAAGUAGGAUAGAACCAAUUAUUUAUGAAAUUGAGAGAUCUCGAGAACCUGUUUUAGUUAUAGGACAUUAGGCUAUUUUAAGAUGUCUUUAUGCUUAUUUUCAUAGAAAUGAAAUAUCAGAAGUACCUUAAUUAGAGAUUCCAAUACAUGCAAUUAUAAAAUUAACUCCAGCUGCAUAUUAUUGUGAAGAGAUUAGAAUUAAAAUUGAUCCAGAAACUGGAGAAAGAAAAUAAAUUGAAGAAGAUCUUCAAAUUGCAAGAAUCAAUAUGUUAACUAAAAAAAAGAGCUAUAUUUUAUUAUGA